AUGCAUGUCUUGUGUCCCAGUGCAGGUCGUGCAUGGCAUGCUGUCUCGUCUGCACCCUUGACUUGUCAGAAUCUGCUUCCACUUUCCACUCCCUCCCUCCCUUCCUCCCUCCCUCCCUCCCUCCCUCCCUCCCUCCCUCCCUCCCUCCCUCCCUCCCUCCCUCCCUCCCUCCCUCCCUCCCUCCCUCCCUCCCUCCCUCCCUCCCUCCCUUCCUCCCUCCCUCCCUCCCUCCCUCCCUCCUUCCUUCCCCAUCCCCCUAUUUCACCCCUCCCAGAGCGCCAGGGCGAGCAGAAGCAUGCAGGGGGAGGAGCGCAGCUCACUGCUGCACUCGCUCCUUUCAGCACUACUGCACUCGCUCCUUUCAGCACUGCUGCACUCUCUCCUUUCAGCACUGCUGCACUCGCUCCUUUCAGCACUGCUGCACUCGCUCCUUUCAGCACUGCUGCACUCGCUCCUUUCAGCACUGCUGCACUCGCUCCUUUCAGCACUGCUGCACUCGCUCCUUUCAGCACUGCUGCACUCGCUCCUUUCAGCACUGCUGCACUCGCUCCUUUCAGCACUGCCGCACUCGCUCCUUUCAGCACUGCUGCAUUGAGUUCCUUGAUCACUCUCCAAAUGUCAGUUACUAACCGUCUUAUCUGCACCCCCCUCCUUGCCCCAGCAGGUUCACCCGCUCUGGUGGACGCUGCUGCUGGUGGCAGCUGGAGGGUGGUCAGUGCCUCUGGUGGUGGUGGUGGUGGUGGUGUGGUGGUGGAGAGUGGUGGUGGAAGGAGGUGGAGAGUGGUGGUGGAAGGAGGUGGAGAGUGGUGGUGGUGGGUGGAGAGUGGUGGUGGAAGGAGGUGCAGAGUGGUGGUGGAAGGAGGUGGAGAGUGGUGGUGGAAGGAGGCGGAGAGUGGUGGUGGAAGGACGUGCAGGGUGGUGGUGGAAGGAGGUGGAGAGUGGUGGUGGAAGGAGGUGGAGAGUGGUGGUGGUGGGGUGGAGAGAGGGUGA